GUCGGAGCCUUUUGUGCUUCCGGUUGAAUCCCGCUUCGAACUUCAAUGACCAAAACAAAAAGGCGCAACCGAUUGAUUCGUUUUAAGCUUAUGUUUUGUGGAAUUUGCUGCAUUUAACCCCUUGUCUUGGUGUUUGUUGGGUUCAGAUAUGGCAGGUUUACCGCCCGGUGAUCCCCAGCUGGUGUCGAUGAUCGUCAGUCAUUUAAAAACACGGGGACUGUUCGACCAGUUCAGGAGGGAUUGUUUGGCAGACGUGGACACCAAGCCAGCAUACUUAAACCUGAAGCAAAGAGUGGACAACUUUGUCUCCAAUCACCUUUCCAACCACACAUGGAGCCCUCACUUAAACAAGAACCAGCUGAGAAAUAACAUCAGGCAGCUUGUCCUUCAGUCUGGAAUGCUGGAACAGGGAGUGGAUCGGAUAGUGGCUCAGGUGGUGGACCCCAAGGUCAACCACAUAUUCAGGCCACAUGUGGAGAGAGUUGUCCGUGAAUUUUUGUCUCCUGGCAGUGUUUCUGAAGACGAGCCACUUCCACCGCUCCCCUCUACUGAGACCAAAGCAGACGGAAGCAGUAGUGUUCCUGAGCCAGCUUCAUCUUCUGCUCCUACUUCAGCGGCUCCAGGAAGUGCCCUCUCCAUCCUCGACACUAUUUCCUCCCUGAACCAAGAGGUGAAGCUUCCAGAGGGAGAAGGGAAGGGCUCAGAUGAGCCCAUGGAGCUUGCUGAAGAGGAUGAGAAAGAUAUGAGUCUUGAUGAAGAAGACGAGGAACAACCUGCCAGGAAGACAUUAGAAGAAGCGGAGGAGACCAAAUCAGCAGCAGUGGAGGUCCAGAGUGUCGAAGUGAAGAUGGACGACACUCCGGAGGAGACUGGAGAGAGUAAAGAGAGGCAUGCAGAUCAUAUAAAGGUGGAAGAGGAGGAUCAGAAAGAGGAAGAAAAGGACAAACCUGGCACCAAAUCAGCUGAAAGGCCUUCAGAAGAGAAACAAGAGGAGGAUUUAUUGAAGACGGAAAGUCAGGCCAAGCAGAAAGCCAGAGAGAGAAUGAAAGAAGAGUAUUCUCUGGAGGACUCCGACCUAGACGGCUUGAGUGACAUCACAGUGAGCUCAGUCCACACGAGCGACCUGUCGUCUUUCGAAGAACAGAGUGAAGAUGAAGUGCAGCCAUCUGAUUCUUCUGAAGAGGGGGAGAUAACCACAGAUGGUGAACAAUCGACAAACAAAGACGACAGUCUCUCAGGAGAAGGAGACAAAACAUUGAAGCCUCGGAGGAAAGCCUAUGUUCACAAGCCUUUCCUCUACUCCCGCUAUUAUAGCGACUCUGAUGAUGAAGUCACUGUGGAGGAGCGGAGAAGAUCUGCUGCCAAGGAUAAAGAAGAAAGACUCCUCAAAAGGCAGCAAAACAGAGAGAGGAUGGAGGAGAGACGGAAACAAAAGGCAGCACAAGCAGAAGAGCAAGAUCGCAGAAAACAAAGGAAAAAAGAAUCUGAUGGUCAGAGACCAAGAGCUAAAGAGGCUCGCAAGGAGCAGAAAGUCCUGGAGAAGAAAAUGGCCCUCAGCAGGAAGAGGAAGUUAGAUUCCAGAAAACAGGUGGAUCCAUCUAUCAAGAAGAAGGGAGAUGCAGGGGAUGGCUUGAAGAAAACCGAGCUAAUGUCUGCACCAAGACCCCCACAGCAAAAACCGAUCCGACAUUUGUCUGAAGGAUCUGAUGAAAAGCACCGCAAAAAGAGUGUCGAGGAUUCCAGCGACGGCAAGAAGCUCCCAGACAAAAACAAAACUCACUCCUUCAUCCUGGAGCUGGAGCAAGGAUCCCAAGAGGCUCUCAAGCAACGUUCUCUGGGCAAAUUUGACCGCCAGCCACGGAAAGAACGCAAAGAGAAGGAGCAAAGCUUGUCUGAGGAGCGUAGCAAGCUCAAGAAGAAACCAGAGUACCCUGCUGAUGAUUCAUCUCUGAGCGAAGCUGCGAAGGUUACCUCUGACGAGAAAGAGAAGAAGCUGAAGAUGAAAAGCGAGAGGAAACUGAGUACUUCUGCGAAAGACCUGAAGAGUUCAGGCUCUGAUGUAGCACCUGAGGAGGGCUCCAGAGACAAGAAGAUGAAGGCUUUGUCAGUUGAGAGCACAAAGGUGGAUAAGAACAGGGACAAAGACAAAAUCAAAGAGAAGGAAAAGCUUAAAGAGAAAUCUCUAAUUAAAGGUGAGGCCAAGGUGCUGUCACGCCCAGAUUCUGCCGGGUCUAAGGAGCGAUCGGAUAUGGAGCCGGGAUCUGAGGGUGGCAAGAAGAGAGAGAAACACAAGGAUCUCCUGAAGAGAUCCAAGAGCCACAGUGAAGACAGACAAGGUGACAAAUCCAAAUCUAAAGCCGACAACAGAGAAGGAGAGAAACCAAAGUCCUGCUCUGAUGCCAACAAGGACCCCAAAAGAGUCAAACCAGAAAAGGAGAAAACGCUUCAGAGAUCCAAAUCCAGAGAAGAAACCAAGACGCCAGUGCUAUCCAAGAUGGAGAAGAAGAGUGUAGAAGGGAAACAGAUGCUCAAAAGUGAGAGCGUGAAGGAGAAGAAACAGAAAGUUUCUGAUUCACCGCUUCCUGAGAAAUCUGAGGCAAAGAAGAAAAAGAUGGAUAAGAAGGAAAAAGCAGAAAAGAAAGAGGAAAGUCAUAAGGAGAAGAAAGCUUCCAAGGUGGUUUCCAAGUCAGAGGAGCACUUGAAGAAAGAAACACUUCUUCCAGACACCAGCACUGACUCGGAGCCUGUCGCCAACCCCGCCAUCACCUCUGAUGAUACGUGCGAUGCCUUGAGUGACAUCACACCGGAACCAUCAGAGUGUGAGGCGGAGCCACAGCCCCGGCGCAUGAUGCCGAUCGAGGCAGACGCACUGCUGACACUUAUGGACGUCUGCACCUCGGCAGAGGCCAGGCUUCCUGAAACCCGGCUGGAUCAUGUGACCCUGCUGGACGCCGACUUGAAGAUGAAGGAGGCAGCCCUGGCUCUGCUGUCCAUGGACCCAGACAGCGCUCUGCCGACCAGCUUCAUCCACACGGAGCCAGGACAAGGACCAGCUACUGCUGAAGUCAUGGAGGCGACUGCUGAUGACUCUACUAAUGUACCCACCACAGGUGAACUGCCCCCUGCUGAGCACACACCGGGCACUUCAGGAGAGCCAAAGAUCCAAGACAUUGAAAUGGAGGUCUCAGUGGGUGAGACAGCUGAAAUCCUCCCCCCUCAGGAGGAUUUAAUCGUCAUAGCGGAGGCAGAGGAAGGUGAACCUUUGGAAGUGACGCCUGAAACGCAACCUGAUAUCGAACCAACAGCACCACCUGCUGGUGACGAUGAUGAAGCUUCCAAGAAAGCUGAAGAAGUCGACCGUAACAACGAAUCUCUGUCGGAAAGUUCCUGCGCUCAAGAACAAACCCAGCAAGAAGAUGCACACUCCAAGAUGGACAUUAUGGUGGAAGAAGUGGCACAUGCCGAGGGGCAGGCAGAGAUGGACGUGGAUAACAGUGUUCAGGUGGACAAACAGGAGGCUGCUGCAGCCGACGGGGUUCUUGUAACGAAAAGUGAGGACCACCAAUCAUCAGACCUAAAUGUUCCAGAGGAAAAAGAAGCUGAUGAACAUUCGGAGGAGAAAAGUGGCAGAGGUUCACCUGCGGCGACGGCGCAGUGUGAAGAGGCCAGAGAGUCAAUUGAGGUGGAGGUGGAAAAUAAUGUGGACCAGUCUGAUGAAACCAGCAAUAGUGAACCAGGCCAAACCUCUGCAACAGAAAAAGACAUUGGUGCCUCUGCACAUCAGAAGGAGUUGGAUAUGGCUGAAGAGGAGAGGAUGGAGGGGAGGCUGUCCAUGCAGACUGUUCCAGAAGAGACAGAUCUAAGUGGAGACACGAGUAAACCAACAGAGCAGCCAACAGCUGAGGUGGAACCAUGCAGUUUGAAGGAGAAGGAAGAGGCUCAUGACAGUAAGCCAGAGGUUUUGCCUGCUGUCGCUGAGUCAUCAAGUAAUGUCUCUGGUUCAGAAAGCCAGGAAGAUGAGAAGGCAUCAGCCCCGUCUUUGAAGGAGGAGAAGGUGGUGGGAAGAGGAAGGCGAAAGAGAAAGAGAAAACCGUUCAGUCCGACUGUUGCUGAGGGGCGAGAAUCUGGGGAGGAAACGGGAACAAAGAAAACACGAGAGGAGACCUCAGUGGUGGAAUCCGACAAGCAGAAGGUUGUGGAGGUGAAAACACCACGCAGAGGUCGACCACCCAAAAACACUGAAGAAUCGCAGAAACUCAAAGCAGAAGAGCCGAAGAGGCCUGAGGAUCCCCCUGUUCGGAGAGGGAGACGCUCCGCAGCUGCAGUCCAGGAGACUUCAAAUGGAACUCCUAAGCGGAAGGAGGAGGAGACUGAGACUCCCACAAAAUCUACAGACCCUGAAAACCAGGUUGAGGAGGCGGCUGCUCCUCAGACCAGUCAGGCACAGGCAGUACCUGGAGGGAGUGAUGCUGCUGGUGGAGCAGUGGAGGAUGUGACUGAUAACAAAGAUGAGGAGAACCCAGCGAACGUCUUGCCUGAGGAACCAACAGCAAGCAGAAAGAUGGUUGAAGAGGAGAGUGGGUCCCAAGCAGAAGCUCCUGCAGAAGACUUGUCAUUGGAAAGGAAAACACAAGAAGAGCAGGGGGAAACAGUAGAGGACAAACAGGCUCCAAAGGAACAAGACGACGGGGUGCAGGAGCAGUGUGCUGACAAGGCCAAGGAAGACGAUGUGAGUCAGUCCAACACUGAUGGGGGCGCAGCAGGUGUCUGCACUGAGAACAAACCUGAUCAGGAGAAGCAUAAAGAAGAACAGGAGACGAUCCAGAAGAAACCAGCUCGCCGUGGACGACCACCAAAGGCAGCAGCUGCAGCAGUCACUACAGAUAAUUCAGACAAGACGGAGGAAAAAGAGGGUGAGCAGAAUGAAGGUGAGGAGGACGAGGAUGACACCAAAACUAGAGCGACCACCCGGUCGGCAUCUCGCCUGGUGGCUGAAAGGAACAAGCCUAGUAAACCGUCGACCCGAGCAAGUCGACAGAGCGGUAAAGACGAGAGCGCCGCUGGCAGCCGCGGGACGAGAGGCCAGGCUGCGGCAGCGGCAGCCACCAAGGGGGGCCGCAAACGGGAGGCAAGCCCUCCUGCUGCGCGGACACGGGGAGGACAGAAACCAGAGGAGCCCCCUUCCAAGAGAGCCAAGCGUUAAACUCCCUGGCUGCUCUCUCCUGACUGAGCUUUUUUUAUGUCGGCGAACCUGCGAGGUUUCGUCAUACAGCAACCUGCUGUAUUUUCUACACUUUCUUUUUCAGUCUAACGUUACGGCAAACAUGCGGUCGCCCCAAGAGCCUCCCAUACCUGCAGAUCUCCAUCUACAGGUCCAAUGAAAAGAGCACCAUUGCUUGUGGAUUAGAUUAUUUUACUAUUCAUUCUGUGAAUGACUAGAGAUGUUUGCUCCUUAUUUUAAAUGUUUUUAUACUAAAUUCUUUUGUCUUUUUUUUUUUUUACAUACACCUGUGACAUGUUUUGUUUUAUAAACUUAUUUUUUAGGAAUUCCACUGUAAAACAUCAUUCUUUAUUAAAAAAGAAAAGAACAAGCUCUACAUCUUUACAUCUUAUUUCAACUGAAAAUAUUGAAAUUACAGAUCAAAUUUGGUUGUGUGCAUAUUUCACUGACACUAAUAACAUUUAUGACAAAUAUAUUGAUCAUUUUUACAGUGCUUCUCAGUUUUUAUUGGCUCACAUUAUGAUGCACUUAUGCUAAUGUAUCCUUCAGUGGAGCACAUGUGGAGAAUUGACACCAAGUUCUCUGCUGUACUGAACACACUUUUCCAACCAUUCCUGUGGGUUCCUAAUUUUUCACUUAGAGCUUUGACUUCAAGGUAUUUCCUGCUGCUGAAAUUCAAGUCUUAAAACUUUGAUUUACUAAGAAUUGGCCCUUACUUUGUCGCCAGUUUUUUUUUUUUGUUUGGUCAAUGAAAAACAUGUCUCCAUUCAAACCACACUUUUAUUAUCGUUGUUUCUUUGUCGUCCAAAAAUCACUCUGGCAGUUGGACCUUUGACGCAGAGAUUCAGCAGUUUGAGGAAAUUUAAUAUUGCUGCGUAAAGGUACUGUUGAGAUGGUAAAUGACACCGAGCCCAUAAUGAGAAUGGAGUCUAGGAGUAAUUGACCUAUUUACUCAGCAAAAUAUCAGCAAUAUAGUUUAACACUGCCUGGGUUGACCUCCGCAUUAAUGGUUUAAAAACAUGAGAAUGCCACGAUGAGUCAGGGACAAUAUAUCAAGCUAGAAUUUAAACUUGUGUCAUGGUGGGUGCGACUACUACUGAGGCCUUUCUGGCUGAGGUAUGUUGCCUCCAGCGCCUCCUGGUUAUUUCCUCUGGCUGCCAUCCACUUGGAAUGACUGGACAACCUGGCGUCCAGAGGUCGUCUUGACUUGAUCUUCGAGUAACAGUCGGGUGCUGUGGCUCCUCUAAAGCCUGUUGAACCAUGGACUCACAGGGUCCAGCAUUCUUCCCCACUGCUCAUGCGCAAUGUUGCAUCCACGAUGUCUGUUACAAGAGGUGAACGCAGCAUUUAACAAGCGAGAACUGGGGUCAGAGGAAUCAAGGGAUGUAAU